ACGACAAUCUGUUAUAAACUCGAAUCUUGUACUUAUAUCGAUAUCUUGACUGGACCAGAACCAUGGGUCAGAUACUUACCGGUAUUUUUGCGUUACUUGCUCUUACUCUGGUUGCUGUCUUUUACCAAGCGGGGGACGACAUCGUUCGCAACAUUUCACCACAGGGAUGCCGAAUGUCAUGGAUGUCACCAUCAUAUAUUCUCCAGUCAAACUUCAACAGUUCCUGGACACGGUUUUCAACCAGGUACUCGCUAUGGCUUUAUCGUGAGGUGGGAUGGGAACCUAACCAGGUAACAUGACACUUUGGGGUUCCGUUAUGUUGUCUUGAUUUAUGGAACUGCUGUGCAUUCUGGACGCUGUAUGGAUGAAGGCCCAGGGCUUACCCGUCCUUUUUAUACCUGGAAAUGCAGGGUCUUCGCAUCAGGUUCGCUCAAUAGCGUCAUCCGCUGCGAGACAGUAUUUCUCGUCCCCUUAUGUCAUCGCGACCGACUUCAUGGGCAGAAGCAUGAAACCACUGGAUUUCUUCGCAGUCGAGUUCAACGAGGACUUGUCCGCAUUUCAUGGGCCAACUCUUGAUUCCCAAACAGCAUAUACUUCUGAUGCACUAAUGUAUAUUCUUUCACUUUAUCCCCCUAAUACUCGCAUAAUUCUCCUGGGUCAUUCCAUGGGUGGCAUAGUAGCGAUAUCACUUCUUCCCUCUAACAGCAUAUCUACCGUAAUCACUAUGUCAACACCACACACCCUUCCACCUGCUCGCUUUGAUUCUCGAAUUGACGAAAUAUAUGCUCGUAAUAUGCACAUCUUGCGCCAAGAGCCGACACCUAUCCUCUCGAUCUGCGGCGGCGCAACGGACUUGAUGAUCCCAUCAGAGUUCUGCAUAUUGCCGUCAGCUUCUAGUGACGCUGCCAUCUACAGAAGGACCGUAUUUACUUCUGCACUAGAGGGCGCUUGGACUGGCGUAGGCCAUCGUGAGAUGGUGUGGUGUCAUCAGGUGCGGUGGCGUGUUGCAAGAGCAGCACUUGAACUCGGUGCAGCAACCUCUACAGAAGACAAGGCUGUUGUUCUUGACAAAUGGCUCAGGGACGGCCACAUUUUACCCCCUGUAGCUUCGCCGCGGGUCGAAAUAGGCCUCGACGAUCCUGCAUUCUACGAGAUGCUUCCCGAAGACACUCAUCUGGUACUCAAAAGUCCACGUGGAACAAGAAUGUAUCUUCUCCCUGUGAUUUCUUCGACAAUCUCCUCCUCUAAAUUCAUCCUCUACGUGUCGCAAGGGUCAAUUUUACCUGUUUCGCCCCAAAAGGCUUUGUUGCUUCAUGCUUCAGUAUAUUUCUGCUGGAGCUCUUCUCGAUUAUCUGAGACUAAUGCUUCAAUUUCAUGCACUACACUGCAUCCUACGACCCUCAAACUUGUACCAAAUCCUGCGCCAGGAAUGCCAUUUCCUACUCCUGACGAAGGCUCGGACGAAAGUGAUGGCGUUGUUGUUUUUCAAGCCGAUAUACCUCCACUUCCCGAAGGAGUAGACAAUGCAUGGGUGGGUGUCAGGGUCGAAGG